AUGUGCUUUGGUGGAACGGAAGCCCCCGCAGCCUACGCCGAAGUUAAUGCAAUCGACAGGCUGGGUCCAGACACGAAUAAGAGACUCAGUGCUGCCAUUUCGGAGAUUCUUGAGGCCAAAUUAACAGUUCCACCCAACCGCUGUUACAUCAAGUUCUAUGACGUGAAGGCAGCAGACUUCGGUUGGAAUGGCUCCACGUUCGAUGGCUUAGUAUGA